AUGUUAGGAGGUAGUAAAGCGACAAGCAGUCACAUCCCGUCCCUCUGUCUAGAUGACAAAGAAGAUGAGGUGGAGGGAGAACUGGAUGAGGAGAUAGAAGGAGAAUAUGAGUAUGAUAAGGUGGAUAGAGAGGAAGAGGAGGAUGAAGAGGAAGAGGAUGGUGAGGAAGUAGAUGGGAAAGAAGAGGAUGAGGACGGUGAGGAAGUAGACGAGGAAGAAGAGGCAGAGGCUGUAGCACUUGGUUUGUCAGCGUUGAAGUUGGUGAUGGACGUCCCUGACUCCAAUCGUGAUUGGAAGAACCAAUAUUUUUUUGUUCAAGGCUCAAACUGGGUGUGUAAACUCGACAAAUGGGAUAGCAUAGAGGGCGAAUACAACAAUACCUGGGGUAAUUUGGACAAGUCAUGUGAGUUGUCGACGGCGUUCUCCAUUGUCAAGGAUCCUGAUCUUGACGAGUGUUUGGAGCAUGAGAGAGAUGCUUUGGGGGACUCCGGGCUUUUUGACCUGAUGAGGAUUUGGUAUGCUGCUAAAGAGGUCGUUAUCAAGCGCUUGAGGGCUUGUCUAAAGGAGGAGUCUGACCAGCUGAAGAAGUAUAAGGAAGGGAUACAGACUCUUAACAGCAAAGUCAAAACCUUGACGGAGCAAGUGAAGAAACUCAAUGGUGCUACCCGUCAUGCUGAGGAGCUGACGGAGGCUAACGCCAUCCUAACAGUGGAGGUGAUCUCCCUCCAUGAAUCCACAGAGAAGAUUGAGCUUACCGUUCCUUCAACUCCUAGGCUAGAUGACAAGGUUGUUGAGGUUGAUGAUAAGGAAGGGGAUAUUCCUGAGAAUGUCGUCACUCCUCAAGUGGUUGAAGGCGACGGUCAACCCCAAGCUGAAGAGGUGCGGUGGAUAUAG